GUGACGCGGAACGCAUCAUACAUACGUCGCUCAAACGUGGAUAUGACUCAACAGCUGUGCACUAGAAGCUGCCCACAACAGAUAAAGUGAUUACUAGUCAAGAGGUGAGUGCACACAACAAUGGCAUCCGCUAAGAAUAGGAAAGAAGACGACGAUACGCCUAGUCCGAAAAUACAAAUCGUUAUCACUCGCAGAGACACUCAAAUAACGUUCUAUCGGCGCUGUUGUCAACUAUUCGCGAUUAUCCGAGCCAGACUGCGUCUCUGUGAGAAUCAAGUUGACGUUCGAUUUCCGACAGAAACAAUGUCUGAGCUAGCUAACUCUCUCACCGCACAAGGCAAAGAAACGCCUCCAGUUAUUCUAAUUAUGUCGAAGUCUUUACGUCAAUCUUUCGACGCAAAUCGGGACGGAUUUCUUGUGCCCUUUGCUGGGUUACUCGGUUUGCCGAUGAGAAAGUGUCUUGCUUUAUUCGACACUGGCGAAUGGUGGGACUCGCACCCCUUCUUGAAGCUGAGCUGGCAGAUCGACAAUGGCGAGCUCAACCAAGCAUACGAGGCUACAGCUGAAUGUUGAGAAUUAGUUGAUUUAGUGGGGUGUUACUCUUUUGUGUUGAGUUGAGUUCCUUAGAAUGCAGUCAUCUGGCUUGGUCUGAUUUGACUUGCUCGAUCGAGAUUAAUUGUUAGAAUGAUAGGUCUGCUAUUGUAAACUUUUGGAUUAACUUGUUUUUAUAUUGGCUUUGGUUUUAUAGUUACAGACGGUUGUCAUCGUAUUUUAGUACUGUUGUAUAGGUAAAUUUAAUGAUGUGGACUGUAUAUAUCUAGA